CGCUGCUCACCGACAUUUGCCUUGGCCAGUGCUUGGCCAGUGCUCGCUGCUGUCCCGGGCACCCUCGUCACUCAUCAUGCAGACCGCUAGGCCUGCGCUGCGACAUGUGAAUGCCAGGUCGGCUGUCUUCACGGCGGCGCACCCGCAUUCCGUCGCUUCGACCUCACAGGUGCUUCAGAGGGAUGCUCGUCGAUACGCAUCGAAAGGGUCAUUCGGCUGGAUACGGGAUACUCUCGGCAUGUCAGUCCGCGAGAAGAACACAGAGGAGGAGCUAGCUGCGAGUCGGAAAGAACAAGCUGAGAAAGGACAACUCAGUCUCUUCGAGUCACUACCAGUGGAGGCUACUGUUCAGCCAAUGGAUGCGAAGAAGUAUUCUGAGCACAAAUCCUCGACCUCCAACUUCAAGAUCUCUUACAGGAAGCUCAACAUGCUGGGGCGUCAGAUAUCGGGAAAGCCCAUAGACAUGGCCAUCUUGCAGAUGCAGUUCAGCGAGAAACGUGCGAGUACUCGUAUUAAGAGCAUGCUGGUAGGAGCAAAGAAUCAUGCCACGAAGUUGAAGGGUCUGGACGAGAAGAAACUGAUUGUUGCCCAAGCAUGGGUGACUAAAGGGCCCAAGCAACUGAAACGUAUAGAGCCGAAAGGUCGCGCGAGGACUGGUGUUCGAUGCCACCCUGACUCCAAGUUGACUGUCCUCCUCCAAGAGGGUAAGACCAAGAUGGAGCUUCUGAGAGUGGAUAGGGAGAGGAAGUUGAAGAGGAUCGUAUCCGCAGGAUUGAAGAGGGAGGACGUUCCAAUCCGGAACCCUGGUCCCGCUUGGGCAUGGUAGUCGACGUUGUCUGGUUCACAAUUUAGACCCUUACGAUGCUAUUAUGUUCGUUCAAUACUCUUAGUCGAUAAUUCGUGUGUUCAAUGCGUUUGUGGCAUGGAGAUAUUGAGCUGCGGUGUUCAGCCAAGUACGCGCGCAUGGAUUGCUAAAAAUAGACUCAAAGUGACCACG